AUGGUGUGCAAGGCACACUUAUACCCCCUGCAGACCCCUGCCAUGUGGGACAACAGCAGUGGUGCUGGCCCAGCCAACGCGUCACGUUGCGGCGUGGACUUCCAGGCGGGCUGCUGCGCCGUGGCCAUGCUCUACGGCGCCGCCUUCCUGCUGGGCCUGGCCACCAACGCGGCCACGCUGGGCCCACUCGUGCGCCUGGUGCGGGCCGGCAACGUGCUGGCUGUCUACCUGCUGGGCCUGGCCGCCUCGGACGGGCUCUACCUACUGACACUGCCGCUGUGGGCCGCCUACGCGUGGCGCGGGCACGCCUGGGAGCUGGGCACUGCCGCCUGCCGCGCCGCCGGCUUCUUCUUUUACUCCAACAUGUACGUGAGCGUGGCGCUGCUGUGCCUCAUCUCGCUGGAGCGCUGCCUGGCCGUGGCCCGGCCCCUGCAGUCCCGUGGCCUGCGCAGCCGCGCCGGCGCCGCAGCCGCCAGUGCUACCGCGGCUGCCACCGUCUUCGUCUGCCACGUGGCCGCGCCGCCACCGCCUGCCACGCCACCUGCCUGCUACGACAGCUACCCCUUGCCGCCUGGCGUGGCCCGCUUCAACUACUUCCGUGUGGCCGCCGGCUUCGGGCUGCCGGCCGCCGUGCUGGGCGCUGCCUACGCCCGCAUCCUGCGUGGCAUCGGAGCCAGCGGCAGCCGGCACAAGGUGCGGGCGCGGCGCCUGGCGCUGGCCGUGCUGGGCAUCUUCCUGCUGUGCUUCGCGCCCUACCACGGGCUGCUGCUGCUGCGCACUGUGGCCGCCUCGGCCCUGCCGCUCCGUGCCCUUUGUGCCCUCGAGCGCCGCCUGCACCUGCCCUUCGCCCUCGCCCUGUCCCUCUCCAGCUUCAACAGCGCCCUCGACCCCGUGCUCUACGCCCUGCUCAGCCGGCGCUGGGGGCGGCGGCACCUGCCGGGCCACGGGGGGGUGGACGGCGCUGUGGCCACUGUGGCACGGUGA